GUCAUACUGACGGCAGUGAGCUUCGUGAGCAGCCAGAAGACGCUUAGAGCGUUCGGUUAUAACGUGUUAUUAAACAAAUGACGUUUAUGAAAGAGGAAAAGGAAAGAAAAAAAAACAAAGAAAAGAAUUAAAAAAGGCUUCCUAGUUGUGUAAAUGGUACAACGAUUAAGAAAGCUUUCCGUUUUAUUUGGGUCUGUCUUGUGUUGCUCCUUCCUGUUGUUUAGACCGACAGCGCGAGACGAACCGACAGACAGACAGACAGCCGCUCGAGCUCCUUUCUUCCUCUCUCUGCCUCUCUCUGUGUGUAUUUCGUCCUCUUAUCUCCGAUUGUCGUGUCCACGGGUCUGAACGCGUGACGCGGAGCCUUAAUGCCCGCGGAGGAUGAGCCCAGCCAUCGAGGGGAUGGAGCCAGAGCAGCCGAUGGCUUUAGGGAAGGGGGUUCUCCUUGAGCCCUUCGUUCACCAGGUGGGAGGCCACUCGUGUGUGUUGCGCUUCGGCGAGCAGACCAUCUGCAAGCCGCUAAUCCCGCGGGAGCACCAGUUCUACAAGAGCCUCCCGGCGUCCAUGCGCAAGUUCACACCGCAGUACCGAGGGGUUGUGUCUGUGAGCUUCGAGGAGGAUGAGGAAGGUAAUCUGUGCCUCAUUGCCUACCCGCUGCACAGCGACCUGGGUGGUCUGGAGAAUGUGGACCCCUCGUCUGACCUGGAACCUAAGAAUAAGAUUAAGUGGUCUAAUAAAAUGUUGCUGGACAAUGAAGGCUACGGCAAGGAAAGGGCCAGACAUUCACGCAAGGACAAAGACAAGAGUCUGAAGCGUGAGGAGGAGCUGGAGUGGUUCCAGCAAGCUGAGGUGCUCUACUACAGCCUGGAGAGGAGUAACGCUGCUGCACCGCAGCUGAAGCACAACCCCUGGAGCCUCAAGUGCCAUCAGCAACACCUGCAAAGGAUGAAAGAGAACGCCAAGCACCGCAACCAGUACAAGUUUAUCCUAUUGGAGAACCUGACAUGGCGUCACACAAUGCCAUGUGUUUUGGAUCUGAAGAUGGGCACACGGCAGCAUGGAGACGAUGCUUCUGAGGAAAAGAAAGCCAUGCAGAUCCGCAAAUGUCAGCAGAGUACAUCGGCCAGCAUCGGGGUCCGGCUCUGUGGCAUGCAGGUCUACCAGUCGAACUCCGGUCAGCUCAUGUUCAUGAACAAGUACCACGGACGUAAGCUGACGCUGGUUGGUUUUAAGGAGGCUCUGUUCCAGUUUUUCCAUGACGGACGGAGGUUGCGGCGUGAGCUUCUCUCCCCUGUGCUCCGGCGCCUGAGAGAUAUGCAGGCCGCCCUGGAAGCAUGUGAGAGCUACCGCUUCUACUCCAGCUCGCUCCUCAUAAUCUACGAUGGAGACCCACCUUGUUCACGGCGCUCUACGGAGGAUCGCCUCUCUGAUGAAGAAGGAGGAGAAGAAGAAGAUGAGGAGGAGGAAGAUGAGGAGGAAGAGGAGGAGCAAGGCGCAUUUGGGUUUCCUCACAGCACCGGAGGAGCAAGUGGGAGCAGCAAUGGUGGUGCUAGCAGUAGUGUUAAAAGCCAUAGUGGGAACUCCAGGUCUGUGGUGGAUGUUCGAAUGAUUGAUUUCGCCCACACCACGUGCCGGCACUAUGGGGAGGACAGUGUAGUGCAUGAGGGGCAGGACACAGGAUACAUCUUUGGCUUACAGAACCUAAUAACCAUCAUCUCCCAGUUAGAGGAACACAGUGCCGAUUGAACUAGGCAUUUUGCUUGCAAUAUUGAAACUCAAGAAUAUACAAUGAAACUGCAGAUUGUGAGAUUGAAACAGUUGGAGUUUGCCAGUGUCAGUCUCUCUGUCAGAUACCAUUCUCUUGUUUUGAUUCUCACCUUUCUUUCCUGAUUUCUUUUUUCUCUCCGUCCAGCACCUAUACAAGGGCGUUAAUGAAGCUGCAAGAUUUAGCAAGAGUUUUUGUGUCUAAUUUUAGUGUUUUUCUAGAGUUUUUCUUUUUUCCUGUUUAUAAACGAUUAAAAAGGGGUUUAAAAGUGAGAAGACGAGGGGGACAUGACAUGACAAUGGUUUGUUUACUUGACUUUGUGACUGAUAGCUUUUCUCACAUCUCCCCCACACCCCUUCCUCCUUUGUUUUACAUCCCUACAAUUUCUAAAACCAUUUACAGGCAAAGAAACCACAAAAAAGUGUAAAUAAUAAAAAAUCUGUGAUUCUAGCAAUGUCCAUUCCAGAAGAAUGAUGUAGCGCUGCAGAUUGCACUCAGUUAUUUGCUUGUACUUUGUGAUGAGAGCAAACGGAAUGUGGAGAAAGCUUUUCAUUAAAGAAAUGACCACUCAAAGUUUUCCACUGUAAAGAGAGGAUUAUAUUUGAGUAAGCAGUAGAGGCACACAGUGACUGUAAUAGAGCUUUAUUUAUUUGAUAUACUGAAUUUCUUAUAUAAAGUAAAAAUGGAAAAAAAACAACAAAACAAAUGGUGACAUGAAAACUACAUUCCAUGUUAUUACUAUUAUAGUGGUUAUAAUAAUAAUAGUAUUUGACAUGUUCAAAUACCUGUACUGUCAACAGUAUGUUGAAGGAAAAAUAAAACCGUUUUUGUUAAA